AUGUCGCGUUCCGCACGUAAAUUACUCCGAGUGACAAAAAUUUUAUUAGCCGGUGUGACUAUAUUCUGUGUUAGCUGGAUAGCAUGUGUUAACGAAUGGCACUCAGGAAUACGCUGGAAAGAUCGCCGAAUACCACAGGAGACCUUCUCGACGAUGCGCACCAUCGUUGCAUACUCAGAAAGCAAGCAAGCUGAACUUGACAAACCUUCCCCGGUGGCUUGUAGCAGGCUACCAGCUUUUCCAAAAAUACCGUAUAUUAACAGGACGUGGUCUCCUGGUGUCCAAGAUUCGUCAUGGCAGGAUGUGGAAGGAACAUCAGUCUCACUCUACUCCGCCUACUAUGACGAGAGAACGCCACAACGCUACAUUCGUAUUCUAGCUACCUUUCAUGGUCGCAACAUAUCUUCCGAAAAGCUAUUAUUUUGUCAAACACGAUCCAUGAACAAAAAUGAAUAUUCAGUUGAAGUCGUUGCAGCCAAACCGUUAGAAAUUUGGUGGAAUGGAUGGGAUAGAUCGUCGUCGCAUGUACAAACACCGCUUUUGCUUUCAUGUCCUUUGACAGAACCUCUCAGUGGACCUUCUGUGAUAUCCAUCGUUACUGAACCGUGUGCCGAUCCUUCUAAUGGAUUUUAUAUUAAAAAAUUGCGUCCGUAUAAUAGAUAUAAAAGGACCUUCACAAUAUGUGUUAAAGAUCUAACUUUUCAAAAAGAUAUAUCACUAAAUUUGAUCGAGUGGAUUGAAACUAAUAAAUUGCUCGGUGCUGAUAUGAUAGACAUGUAUAUUGAUGAUAUAAGUCAAGAGGAUGAAAAUGUUUUACUUCAUUAUCGUUCUCAAGGCUUUAUCCGAUUAUUUCAAGUUCCUAUAAAAUAUAAGAGUAAUCGAUCGUUGUGGCAAAGAAGAAGAGAUCAUAUUCUUACAUAUAACGACUGCCUGUACAGAAAUAUUAUAGAAUCUAAAUAUAUUGUCCCACUAGACGUUGAUGAAGUAUUGUUGCCGAAAAUAGCUUAUACUUGGCAUGGGUUAUUAAAGCGAUUAGAAUUUCGAGGUUGGGAUUCUAACCAAUACUCAGCGAUUUUAGUUCAAAACGUUUUCUUCUUUAGUUUCAUGCAAGGAAUCUACGAUUAUAAGACAAGUAAUCAUACAAAUAAAAGUAAAAUUUACAUAAAACGUGAUGACGUACGGAUAGAAACUGAAAAAAAUUUAGUCUUACAAGAAAUAGAAAUAGUAACAGAUACGAGUAGUAAUAUGUAUAAUUUAAACUAUGAGUACGAUUACAGCCAAUAUAAAUCUGAUUGCGAUAAGGACGUGCCUAUACCUAAACUAGCAAGUCAUAUAGUUAGCUCAGCAGUUAUAAGCCCUACAGGCCAUUAUAGUAAGAGUUUUAUGCUUACAAAAAGGGUGCUGACAGCGUUUAAUCAUUAUCCUUUAGCUAGUCUCGGAGCAGCAGGCAUCUCUGGAUGGUCAGCGCCUUUUAAUGAAGUACAACUCAAUCAUUACAAGGAGUCUUGCAAUGCAACGGUUGUAACAGAAUGCGAAAUGUAUGCCAGGAAAGCGCGUUUUAAUCGCUCCGCGUUACGUCUACGAAGACCUUUAAUGAAAGCUAUGUCUCUGGCGAUCUGUUCCAGAUUAAACAAUGUCUAAAAUUACUUA